AUGGCGGUUGUCUGUGUUCCGAAUAUCCCCGACAGCACGAGUCAAGGCGUACAACUUGUGAAAUAUAUGUUUGGGGUUAUCACAGAACAAGUAGAUGAUGGAGCGAGGGAGGCCUAUUCAGAAUCAGAUAUGAAUAAAUUUCACGAUAUGCUCCUUGAAAUGCUACUGAAAUUCAUCGAGCUAGGUCCUGGCUCUGGCCAUUGUUUUAUUUGGAGAGAAAUUUUCGGCUGGAAACGAUUUAAAGACUAUUAUCAGACAAUAUCUAAAGAGAAAAACAGUAAAUUGUUAAAAUCGCUGAAGAAAGUAUAUUAUUAUAAAGGUGAAAGUGAUAUAGAUAAUAAAAAAUAUUACGAAGAACUACAGAAAGCCUUGUUGUAUAUUGUCGACCAUGCCAUAACGGAUGAGUUAAUUAAACAGAACUAUGAGGAAUAUUUAGAUAUAUUUAUGUUUUAUCAAACAGAGUUUUGUACAGCAGACCGGGCUGUUUUCAACCUCAUGCACACAUUAGCUAUUAAAUUAUGGUAUAAAUUUGGUCGGAAACCGUUUAAGGGAGUAACAGACCCGGACCUAUACAGAAAAUAUUUAAAAGAUAUGGAACAAAUCCUGUGUGAUGAUAAAGUACCUACAGAUGAUCACAUGAUUAAACAACUACGAUCCACGUUGCAAUACCCCAUAUUGGGCAUCAAGGAAGAGUCGGGUGUUUUCAGUGCAAUCUAUAUGGAAGUAAUGGAGUUUCUUCAAGUGCUAGCCAACAAGAAGACAGGGGUUCCCCCAGUUCUAUUUUUAGAAGAUAUAGGAUAUCUCUGGUUCCAUGUGAAUGCUGAUGAGCUGAAGGGGAAUAAGGCGUUUAUCUUUGAUGGAAUGGCACCAAAAUUUGCAGAAUUCCUGGAAAACCUGACAGAUUUUAGCUAUUGCGAUGUUCGGCUCGUGAAACCUGCAUUAAACAACAUUCUUGGACCUGUUAUGAACAAUUCCAAAGAACAUUGUGACCUGUGGAUAAGAAUACUAAAAGCUGCCCUGCCGAUACAAGGUUGUGCUGAAGCUGUUUAUUACGCUGUUAGAGAACAAGCAAAAUUCCUCAAAUGGAAGACUCGUCAACAAGAAGCUAAAGAAGUUUUUAUAGCACUGACUAAGAUUGAUGUAACCUACCCAGAAGAACGAAAGCGAAAAGAUACUGUAGAUUAUUAUACUAACUUUGCACAGUAUUUUCUGGAUCAGUUAAAGAAGGCUAAAGUUAUACCGGAACUGCUUGAGGAGUUAUCGGACUUCUGUCUUACAGUCUUGGAGGAACAGAAAGUCGUCUUGUAUGACCUUGCCUACAGAGUCGCUGACUAUUUUGACGAUUUAAAUUUUAAGAAACAUAAACCAAUGGUAAUGAAAGUGUUAAAAAGAGUAACAGCUUUAUUGCGUGUGGAUCAUGAGUUCGACAUUAAUAGAUGCUGCACCUUACAGGAAAUACAGUGUAAUUCAUUCUCCGCUAUCACGGAUUUUAAGAGUUUGGAACCAGAAGAUUUCGAUGUAUUGAUAGAUUUAUGUGAUGCUGCCGUAUCCGGAGAAUUUCUUACUCCAGACAAUACACUCGGCACUGAACAUUAUAGAAUUAGCUUCGUGGCCAUUUUGAAAACAUUUCAACUGAUAUCAGGUUCUACAGAUGUCGGUAAAAUCAAAGAUCUAAUCAAGAAAGUGGUUGACCUAUUGGAACACGAGGAGGAUGAGGUUUGCAGCAUGGCGACUAAUCAGCUGUAUUUAUUGUCGACUGGACAAGGAGGGGUAACUGCUCUGGGUCCACAUCUUCCGAAACUGAUAGAAUCAUUUAUAGAGAAGGAAGAAUGCAUGCUUUUGAAUACGAUAAAUGCUGUAUAUCCCGAGAAUGGCGAGUGUAUGGAGAAACAUUUCCAGGGACUGUUCGAGUUUGUAGACUCGGGUGAACAGUCUAUAAAAAGUAUCAUUCAACAAUUAUUGAUCAAGGUGGCAACUCAUCAACCUCAGCUGUUUACUGAAGAAAAUGUAGAUAAGGUAUUAGAAGUUAUGUUUGAAUGUGAUCCUAACUAUCAAGUCUCGUAUCUGAUGAUCAUUGAUUCACUAGCAACGAAAAAUAUCAAAAUCCUGAUGCAUACACUUGAUACCCUGCUGACAAAUGAAUUCAGUGAAUAUUGUUUCUAUUCGCUGUGUUCAGUCCUGAGAAAAAUAGCAUCUAAAAGCCCAGAGAAUAAGGCAGAAAAAGUAAUGAAUAAAUUUGUGAAAUUCUUGUCAGAACCAGAAAGUCAAAACACGAUAUUGGUGAUUACUGAAGUAAGGAACCUUUUGGUUUCCCAUAAAGCAUUAGUAGAGAGACAUAAACCACUGUAUGAAAAAAUCAGAAAUUCGGCUACUGACCAAAAUCUUCGAGAUCUUGCUACCAGUUUAAUAGAUCUUUUGGAAGGAAGAACUCUGUUAAAACUGGCUGAUGAUAUAGAGUAUCAACAAGGUGAAAUAGACAACCUGGAUGUUCGUGUCACAACUAAUGAGAAUACAGUAAAUGAAGUGAAAGUAGAAGUAGGAGAACAGAAGAAGGAUAUUAAAAUUAUCAGAAAAGAUGUUGAUGACCAGGGUGUAAAACUUAAUGAAGUUGGAGAGAUUGUUGAUGUGACGGUUAAAAAAGUUGAGGAAAUUGAUAUGAAGACAUUAUCACACGCCCCCUAUUGGUCCCGAGAUGUAUCUAAACUGCUGAAUCCGAAAGACGAACAUGAUUGGAGACUGCUAGCGAGUCGUCUGGGUUAUUCUAAUGAUGAUAUACGAGCAUGGUCUCAGCAAUCCGAUCCCUGUAUGGCAAUGUUAAAUGAAUGGUACGCCACCCACAAGACCAGUGAGGCGAAUUAUGGCAUCAUGAAUAACCUGAUUGAGAUGAACAGAACGGAUGCUGCGGUUAUUGUGGAGAAUGCCAUGAAAGCUGCUGAGCAAGUAGUGGAAGACGAAGAUUUUGAAUACGUCUCUCCGCCUCCGAUAUUCCUCAGUUAUCAAUGGAGUCACCAAGAGGAGGUGAAGCUUCUGAGGAAACAUCUGGAGAUGGCUGGAUACGAUUGUUGGAUGGACAUCGGCCAGAUGGGUGGUGGUGAUAAAUUAUUUGAGAAGAUUGAUCGAGGUAUUCGAGCUGCUAAAAUCAUCAUCAGUUGUACGACAGAGAAAUAUGCCAAAUCACCGAAUUGUAAUAGAGAGGUGAAUUUAUCAGCCAAUCUACGGAAACCAAUUAUACCUCUUUUACUAGAGAGUUGUCCGUGGCCACCAGAAGGCAGUAUGGGUCCAUUAUUCAGUGAGUAUCUCUAUAUACAGUUUUAUCAGAACAGUAAGGAAGAAGAAACCAAGGACGAUCGAUUCUGGCCGAUUCCAAAAUUCCAGGAACUGUUGAUGCAGCUCAAUAUGAACGGUGUGGUACCAGAUGAAAAGAAAGUCCAUAAAAUGUAUAAAAACUGGUGGAUGCCGAUAGUAGAGGAGAUCAAGGUUGAUAAAUCAAAAACGUUUGGUGGUGGUAAAAAUAAAACAGCUGUUACUAGUUCUACAGAAAAGAAGGAGGAUGACAAAUCACCGGAUGUGUUUAUCUCGUACCAAUGGGAUAAACAGAAGAAUAUUAUGUUAUUAUAUAAGAAAUUAACAGAGCUGGGUUAUCAUUGCUGGAUGGACAUCUAUCAGAUGGGCGGUGGAGAUUCUCUGUAUGAUAAAAUAGAUCGCGGAGUUCGUGGCUCUAAAGUCGUCAUAUCCUGCGUCACGGAGAAAUAUUCUCUCUCAGCCAAUUGUCGUCGAGAAGUCAGUUUAUGUGAUUCUUUAAAACGACCAAUCAUACCUCUUCUAUUAGAGAGUAUGACGUGGCCUCCCAGAGGACCAAUGAGCAUGGCUUUUACAGAAUUGUUAUACAUUGACGUUCAUUCAGAUCCUAAAAUUCAAGACACGUGGUCUGGUUCUAAAUUUGAUGAGCUACGAAGUAAGAUUGAGAAAUAUGUCCCUGACCAGGAAGUACAACAGUCUCAAAAGAAUGACGAGAAAGAAAAGCCAACGGAGCAAAAGGCCAGAACUAAAGAAGCAAGUGACCCGAUUAAGAAAGAAAAGGCUGAACCAGUUUCCAAGAAAUUGGAAGAAGAUCCAAAGGUCACCCAGGAACAAGCUGCUCCGCCGAAGAAAAGUAGCUUCGUCAAGAGUGCUACUCCAGGAUCUAAAACACAGAAACCCCCAGAGCAGCCCUCUUUAAGACCUGGACCUUCUCCCGAGCCGAAAGGAUCCCCUACUCUCUCGCCAGCACACACUGGAGCUCACAACAAUCCGCGAAAUGUUCGUCCAACUAGCGCUGCCUCUAAACCUUCUAAAAAGUCCUCAAAAGCAUGUAUAAUUGUCUAA